GUUCUCUUCGCAUUCGAAGCACUUUAUAUCAUCACAGUAGGUGUGAUCAAGAUUUCUGUCUUGUUAAUGUACCGCCGGAUCUUCCCAAUUCGGUCCAUCAAGAUCGGCAGCUAUAUCCUCGGAGGUAUCACCGUCGCCUGGAUGAUCUCAAUCGAGCUGGUUGCCAUUUUUCAGUGUACCCCUAUCCAGAAAGGCUGGCAGCCAUUGGUAGAGGGACACUGCAUUUACCUCAAAGGCGCUCUGCUUGGCAAUGGUGUUCCGAACUUUGUAACGGAUAUCUUCAUCUUAUCACUGCCGGUUCGCCCGGUAUGGAAGCUACGAGCGAGUCUUCCACAGCGGAUUGCAAUUAUUCUGGUGUUUCUCAGUGGCAGCUUUGUCGUCAUCGCGAGCAUAUACCGCUUUGUUCUCAUUUUCCAAUUCACGCCAGAGGACGUCUCUUGGACUCUCGCCAACGCAGCCACCUGGUGCGUGGUCGAAACCGGUGCUGGUGUGAUCAGCGCGUGUCUGCCCACUCUCACGCCGUUGGUUAAAUGGUUUGCGUCCGGCCUUGUGUCAACAGUCAAAUCGACCUCUGGUUCA